GCUCCAUGAGCGAGUCCCCUUCUCCCCUGAAUCCGCGUCCCCGAGCAGUGACCCUGACUUCGCCGCACUCAGGCUUGAGUUGCUGGCUUCACUGAGGAAGGACAUUGCCGAUAUUUUUAAAAAGGAGUUUCAGGCGAUGUUCAGGGAUGCGCUGUCUACUAUCCAGCUUGACCUGCAGGCCGUGAAAACACAGCAGGCUGGUGAUAAAGUCGCUACCGAGGCUACCAUAUCAACACUGAAAGGUACUGUUGGGGAAAUGCAGCACGCGAUCUCCGGUUGCACCGAUGACAUAGUUCAUAUGAAGACUACUAUCGAGUCCCUCACUGCGACCGUGACUCAAUUAGAGAAUAAACGUGAGGAUUUGGAGUUGAGGUCAUGGCGCAAUAACGUUAGGAUAGUCGGAGUUCCAGAGGGCGCCGACACCUGUACAACUGCUGCUGUAGCGGCCUUGUUAAAGGAGGCGUUUGGUCUGGAGAAGGAGCCGGUUUUGGACCGGUCCCACUGGACCCUUCAGACGAAGCCCAAGCCUGGUGAACGACCACGAGCUAUUGUGUGCAGAUUCCACUAUCACAGUGACUGUGUUGAUAUUUUACGCCGUGCGAGAGAGCUCCAGCAGAUUAAAACGAGGGAUUUGACCAUCUCCGUUUUCCCUGACUACACAGCCAAGACAGACCGGGCCCGGGCCGCGUUUAACGAGGUUCGGCGUCAACUUCGUCGUAUUGAGUUAGCUCGCUAUGGAAUACUUCACCCAGCUCGGCUUCACAUUACAUAUAACGGUGUUCAGAAGGACUUUAUUUCAGCGGAGGAAGCAGGAGACUACGUUAAACUCUUGAUAUCGGGGUGAACUGCAUCACCUAUAUAAUGGAGUUUUUUUCACUUUUGUUUUGUUUUUUUGUGUUUUUUUCUUCUUCUCAAUGAAAUAUUUGGGAAAGGGAAGGGAGGAGAGAAGAAAAAAGUUCCACCGGUGUGUAAAAGUCUAUUCCCAACAUAUAAACUGCACACUGGUACGUCCCAUUGUCCUCUACAGUGAGCUCUCUGAUCAUCACACUGAACUCUGCUGAUUUGGUGUCAUCAAACAGUGAGAAUCUUCCUGAAUUUAUCCACUCGUUUUUAGCUCCUGUCUUUAUUUGGUCAGAACAGGAUGUCCAUGAACCCUUACAGAAAUAUUUUUGGUUUUCUCUGUAUUCUGUAUAAUACUUGCACUUGAUAAGGACUCCUCCUCCUGAAUAUCCUGUUAUGUUCUUGGAGGCUCCUCCAUCUAACAAAACACCAAACAUCCAUCUGAGCAAAACCUUCCUUCAUGUAACACUGCUGCUGAUAGUGAGGAUUAUUCUGAAGUGCAUUUCUUUACCUGAGAUCAGACAGAGGGUGAAGAUGAGGAGGAUCUUCAUCCUGAGUUCACACUCCCAGAUCUCCACACCAAGUCCACUUCAGAAAGAUAUUAACGCUCCUGUCGUGUUACACACUGUUACUGUCUCUGUCCCGCUCAGUGAAUGUGCUGUGUGUCUUCAUCUGUCUCUUAAGCAGGAGGUCAUAGCACACCAACUUCCCCUUCUAGAAGUGUGAUAAAUAGCUCUACAGGAAGUGUAUGUGUGAAAUAUGUGUGAACUACGUGCCUGUGGUCAGUUACCGUGUAUAAACUAUCAUAUGAAGGUGUGAGAGUGUUUAAUAUUAACAUUCUGCAUCUGAGCAUCUUUCUCCAUGGGAGUUAUUUCUCCUCUCAGUGCUCCAGUAUUAACUUUACUGAGGAUAUUUAUUACUCCAUGUCAGUGUGUACUGCUCUACUGCCAGAAGGCCUCUACUGCCCUCCACAGCACAAGGUGUGUAACAGAGGGAGAAAGAUACAGUUUAAACUGAACACUACAGUAUUCACCAUGGAGGAUUAAAAAUGUAAAUAAUGAGAGAGCAGGACUUUGUCUGAAUUGUAGAAGUUUCUGGUGCUGCUUUGGGAAAACACCUCCACAUAUUCAUAUAUUCUGCUGUUCUGAGAUCAGUUUCCUGCACAACAACGUCCCUGCUGUCCGUGUGUGAACACUAGGGGUGUAACACAGUGACACUUUCUGUAUCUGUAUCUGUUUAGUGAUCUAAAUAUCCAUAUCUACUUGCAAAUAUUUCCUCUAAUCCUACUGACCUGUUUAUAUAGAACCUAACCUGGACUUUGUAUCAAACCUGUGUUUAUCUGCCUGGUAUAUGAAAGCUAAUCCAAAGUUAAGUGAUGCUUAGUGUCAAUGUUACUAUGGUAACGAGUAACAUAUGAGACCAUUCAGCAUGUUCACCUUUUUAAUCAUGCUACUUGUGUUGUUAACGAGGUUUAAAUUAUUUCCGUCUCAUAAAAACAUCGUCUAAGUGUGAUUAUUAAAUGGACAAGGCCUUCUAAUGUGCUUCUACUUGCAAGAAAACAUGAUGAAGUGCCCUCUAGGCCGCCUUUUAAGUGGAUUAUUAAAAAUGAUUAGUCAUCUAGUUUAUUCAGAUAGAAAUUUCAUUGGGAUUGUUCUCAAUCUGUGCACUUUAUUCCUUUAUUCCUAGGCUAUAUCUUGGCUUUCAAGAGCUUGAGCUGAGUGUGCAAAAGCUAAAUGCUACAUUACUAACAUCAUCCAGAGCUCUGUCGCUCACUGCUCCAACAAGCAGAACAAUUCUGUAGCAGACACAAUAAUAAAGUCCAGCUAUCCAUUCAUUUUCCAUACCGCUUUUCCUACAGGGUCGAGGGGAACCUGGAGCCUAUCCCAGGCAGCAUGGGGCACAAGGCGGGGUACACCCUGGACAGGGUGCUAAUCCAUCACAGUUAAUCACAUACACAUUCACACACCCAUUCAUUCACUACAGACACUUUGGACAUGCCAAUCAGCCUACCCUGCAUGUCUUUGGACUGGGAGAGGGAACUGGAGUACCUGGAGGAAACACCUGCAGCAUGGGGAGAACCCUGGAGGUGUGAGGCAAAGUGCUAACCACUAGCUAAUUGAACUCUGUAACUCUAGCUGAACUGUUCUGUACAGGUCAGGUAAGUCCUGGGGGCGGAGCUUUGUGAACACAUGGGUAAUUGGGGAGAAGGUCCUCGGUGUGUUGGACUUCAGCUGUGACUGGAUGUAACCGAUCGGCGAGAGUUUCCGCACAACACAACUGAACACAGCUCCUGGCUACAGCCUGCAGAAUGGGGCGGGGCUAAACAUGUGUCGCUCCGACCAUAACCGCUCUCAUUGGUUAGUGGCGAUGUAAUGACGUCGACUCCUCAGAAUGUUCUCAUUGGACUCUAUGCACAGUCACUUCCGCUUUCAGUCUCAGUGGCUAGCGCAACUUUCAUUGCUGCACCGGAAGUGAUUUUUGCUUUCCGUUUCAAUGGGCGCUGUCAGCGUGGCUUUUUACACUCACUGCUUGUAAGAUCUUCCACGGAUUAUUGUGAACGAUGACAAUCGCAUUAUGAUGUUAGCAUCUGUCUUUCCCUUAUUUAUUAUAUAUUAUAAUAAUAUAUUAACCUUAUUUAAAUAUUCUGUUUAUAGUUUAUUGUUAUAUCUAUUAUUUUAAAAUAAACCAUAUUUACAUGUAGUGUCUUGCUUUAAUCUAAUGUUUACUACAUGAAUAAAAAU